AUCACGCGUGGUACAAUUGAAUCAUUUGUGCUGAGGAAAAUGCAGCAAUGUUGAUGCAAAAGCAGUGCUUCCCAAGGAGGAGUCAUAUUUCGUCACAGAUUUUACGUUGUUCCGAAACGAUGAUGCGACAGAGUAGUUAAAUGAUAUGAGAGAGAGACGCAUUUAUACACGUGUGUACGGUUGACGCGCACGAGAAGGCAGGAAAAAACUGGACUGCUCCGAUAGUGUGCGUGUGCAGCAUCACACUCGAGCGAAACAUGGUGCAAAGCCGCGAGAGUGAGUUAGCAAAUGGCCGAACGCGCGCGUUCGUUCACCGUGAGAAACCAGAAAGAGGAAAGAAUUUGUGUGCGGUUUUUGGAAAGCGCAUCUUUACCACUAACAUAUUUAUAUAGUAGUCAAUCGUGCCUGCACUUUAUUGUCAUCUGUUUCACGUGCCAUACGCGAUAACUGUUUCAGCUGCACAUAAAAUAAAUCUUAUAAUGCAUAACAUUUUACAUACAUGAAAAAACGAUGGACGGUACUUUAAUGGUGCACAAAGUUAUAUCAAACCACAAAAACAUCGAAACAAGAUUCAAGGUUAUAAUCGUGCAGUUAGAAAUUAUGCUGAAAUUAUCUACAUCAUUCGGACGAGUGUAGAAAGUACUCCAGAACAGCGUUUGCACUAGAAGUCAUGUUUACUACAAACAACAUCCAAUCGGCAACGGGCACACCGAUCGGCAUACAGUAUCAAACAACUACCACCAACGAUAUCAAUAAAGGCAACAAACUGGAGGGUCAAAAGCCAAAUCAGCAAGCACCGGAGUUUUCAACGUUUUACGCCAAUGUGAAUAUGAUACAAAAGCUAACGCCAACGUCACAGGCACUGAGCACCGUGAAUUUGGCGCAGCUUUCCGAUGAAACAAAGACAGUGCAAUACAUACAACCGUUUGGUUAUGCAAACUGUGCGCUGGUCAACCAGAUGCCGAUACCGAAUGGCGUUACCGGGAUCACUGUCGAUGGGAGACAGCUAGUUGUCAACAAACCCAUUACGGUAUGCAUUUUAGGCAAAUUUCUAGGCACGAACAAUUUAACAUUAUUUUCCAUCCAUUCGCAGAACACCAUUUCUAACAUCAGUUUCAAGUGCGAUGUGUGCGGUUUGAUGUUCAACCAUUUGACGUUGCUGAACCACCACAAGCGUACCCACAAUCAGGAUGGGGAAACAACAUCGGAUGCCAUUACGGUAGUAACGCAAGCUCAGAAUUUAGUGCAGGCACAAAAUCUCAUCUCCGAAACGGGUCAAAACCUUGGUCAGAUUCAGAUUGUCGCCACGGAAGCGCUUGAUCCGGCACCACAACAACAGCUCCAACAUGCCCAGGACGCUCAGCAACAACAAGCCCAGGCACAGGCCCAGGUACAGGCGCAACAGCAAGCGCAACAGCAGCAGGUCCAGCAGCAGCAACAACAACAGCAAGCGCAACAGCAGCAACAGGUUGCAACGCAUACGACCAAGGCGGACAAAUCGCAGAAGUGCAUCUCCUGCAACGGACCCAUCCAUAGCAAUCCGAAACGAAAGGGACCGAAGCUGAUACGCUGCGAAACCUGCAUCAAUAAUGAUGGUGCACAACCGGUGGCCAGAACGACACAAAUCUUUGUUGCACCAGACGGUGACAUCAAAUUCGAAAUUGGCGAAAUACCGAACGCAUCUAACAGCAACUCGUCUAUGGAUUCGCUGAUGCCGGGACAAAUGAACACGAUCAAGGCUGAGCAUUCGCUUAUAACACAACCGAACACACAUCCGGUUAAAAAACGUAAUGCCGCCACAGUAACGAAAUGUAACAAAUGUAACGGAUCUGGUGUAAUUAUAGUUGGUGCUGCCCAAAAGAAGCUAAUGCACUCAUCACAAAUACAUCAGCAGCCUGAAAAGCCGUUCACCUGUAAUACGUGUGGAGGACGUUUCUCGCGCUAUUCCAGUCUGUGGUCGCACAAGAAGUUGCACACGGGUGAAAAAAAUUAUAAGUGUAAUGUAUGCGGUAUAGCAUUUGCAAAAGCUGUUUAUCUAAAGAACCAUAUGCGCAUCCAUACCGGUGAAAAGCCGUACAAAUGUGGAACCUGCGGAAUGCAGUUUUCACAAUCGCCGCAUUUGAAGAAUCACGAGCGAACUCAUAGCGGAGAGAAGCCUUACGUAUGUGAGGUGUGCGAUAAAGGUUUUGCACGUCAUGCCACACUCUGGAACCAUCGCCGUAUACACACCGGAGAAAAACCGUACAAAUGUAACCGCUGUCAGUCCGCAUUCAGUCAGGCAGCUCAUCUUAAGAAUCACGAAAAGGUACACUCCGGUUUAAAACCUUUCAAGUGUGACAUCUGUUCGGCCUCUUUUGCCGAUCGUUUCGCGCUGAAGAGGCAUCGUGGUAUUCAUGAAAAAUAUGGUCAAACUACUCCACUCCAUCAGAAUCAACAGCAACAACAACAAGCGUCCCAGCAAGUAGUCACACAACAGGUGGUCCAUAAAGAGGAAGUAAUCGAAAUGGAAGAAAAGCCUCGAGAUGUCAUCAUUGGAAUGUAGAAAGGUUCUCACAAUCUUAAGCGUGUAGUUCCGAUCUAUUACAGAAUUAUUUGUGCGACGGUAAUGAUACACACGUGUACAAAGUGUGAACAUUUUAUGUACUACGGAAUGGCAGAAGCGAUCCAUGGAAUCGUGUAAAUGCAUUACUUUAUGUAAAAUUUGUAUGGUUAUAGUAUAGUCGCAUUAGAGCGGUUGUUUGCUGCACAUGGUUAAGAAUUCAUUUCCUCCAUCCAUGAUACAUUCAUAAAGCUAUCCUAUGUAAGGAAUGCUAGACUCAUGGAAAAACAUAUUGCAGAAGAUGAGAAAAAUGUGCUUCCCUAUCUAUCAUCAAACGGCCGUAACGCGCGUUGUUAAGGGAAAGAACAACUCUGGAACGAAACUUAUUCCAAAAAGGAAUAAUGAUGCUAACAAUUACAGCACAUAGUUAAGCUCUUCCCUACAGUUAUCCCAUUUUUCCAGAUUUUCGGGCCGGAAAUCGGUUUUUAAUACAUACACACUGUUUACAAGGAAAGACUGUACAAUGAAUUACAGGGCAACAUUUGUAAACAAAGUACAGUGCAUCGUUCAGCUAGUGCUGAUUGCUAUCUAACUUCAAUUUUAAGUUCAGUCUUUUUGCUUAAAAGAAAUCUUAACAUAAGAGAGCAUUUGGAAAAGAAAUGUAAGCGUAUGCGAUUAAGAGAAUAUUGACAUUCACAGAUAAACAAUUUGUGGUAAUGUGGUAGGUGUUAUUAAUUUAAUGACAACUAUUAUAACAGAUACGUUUAUUGGCAUAUGCAAGUACGAUUAAAUCAAUUAUUAUUAUGAUUUUUUUCCAAUUUCAAUAGCGCUUUCAUUGUUUGGUGAUUCCCUUUUUUCAGUAUAGCGAUUUUCUGAUCAAUCUAUAAAUUUCGCAUAGCAAGUUUCUAGGACAAACAGGUCAUAUCGAUCACCUUGGUGGAACAUAAUAGGUGGAAAAGUAAGAAAAAUUUACGUUAGCCAGUUAAGAAACUGUGUCGAUUUUAAUAUCGUACAUCAAUUCAUGCGUCCCUCUUUAAAAAGCGCUGCAAACGUAUUUAAGUGAUGACACACAUAACAACAAAUAGAGCAACCCCAGACCCGACAAAUCUCUACCAAUUCACCAUGGUAAUUGUUCAUUAUUGAACCAUAAAGCCAUUUCCCGAGUUA